AUGAUGUACAUGACAACCCGCGUGCUCCGAGUGUUCGUAGUGGCAAACGGCGGGGUGACAAAGGUCACGCAGGCCGUCCCUCAGAAUAAGCGGCGGAACCUGGUGUGCGCAGACGGCGGCUGGCAAACAAUGCGUGGGGCAAGACCGACGGCGGCGGCUGCGGCGGCGGCGGAGGCGACGGCGGGGGUCGCGAGCAUCGCAGGACAGGACAACAAAAUAAUUACUGAGCCUGUAGCACUGGUGACGAAUCUGCAAGUGCAUCCCAUGGUGCAUGACAAGAAAGCGCGUACACUGCAACUGAACAUCAGCUGGACUGUGCCUCAAGAGGGCCGCUUACCUAAAGGCUACUUCCUGAAAGUGAAGUCCAUCAAUGACUCCCAUGAGUACUGUGAAAUAAUGGACUUCAUGGAGGACAUAAACAACACGAUGACGUCGUGGGCGGUGGUGCCGCCAGAGGUGACCAACGUGAAGAACGACCCGCGCGUGAUGCAGGAGUGCUGCUACAACAUCCGCGUGGAGUCCCAGCCGUAUGACGGCCGGCGCGCCGCCGAAGUCAACUACACCAUCCCCGAGCGGGUGGGCGAGCUGUGGUCGUGCCGGCGCAAGGCGCUGCUGCCCGUGCCGCGUGACGUCCAAGUGUCUGUCAUCGACUCCGGCACAGCCCACGUCUCCUGGACCCUGGACGCCUCCGCGGCGCGGAUCGCGCGUAACAUCUCCCUCACGUGA